UAUGCCAUUGAAGGUUAAAUUUAUCUCGCAACCAUGCCGGCCAUUUCUCUUUCAGUUUUCACUGAUCAGUUCCACAGUUUCACACUCCAUUAUUUACAAGGCAGGCCGGAGAUUUAAUAUAAUUAAAACCCCACAUAAACAUCCAACACUUUGAUCCAACCCCAUAUCUGCAUUCCCAGGUUUUGUAGUGGAAGAGUGACUGAUAUAAGCAAGAAGUAAGAAAUGGGUUAUAUAGGAGCUCAUGGUGUUGCUUCAUUGCAUAGAUAUAAGUACAGUGGGGUGGAUCACUCGUAUCUCGCCAAGUAUGUCUUGCAGCCCUUUUGGAGGAACUGUGUUAACAUUUUCCCUCUUUGGAUGCCACCCAAUAUGAUUACUCUAAUGGGAUUUGUGUUCUUGGGCAUAUCUGCUUCCUUAGGCUAUAUAUAUUCACCUCGCUUAGAUUCGCCUCCACCCAGAUGGGUUCAUGUUGCUCAUGGACUUCUACUUUUCCUUUACCAGACUUUUGAUGCUGUGGAUGGUAAGCAAGCAAGACGAACUAAUUCCUCGAGUCCACUGGGAGAGCUUUUUGAUCAUGGAUGCGAUGCACUUGCAUGUGCGUUAGAAGCAUUAGCGUUUGGAAGCACAUCCAUGUGUGGGAAAUAUACUUUCUGGUUUUGGGUGAUAUCAGCUGUUCCAUUUUAUGGUGCCACAUGGGAACACUAUUUCACCAAUACACUAAUCCUCCCUGCAGUUAAUGGACCUACAGAGGGUCUCAUGCUGAUAUAUGUGGGGCAUUGCUUUACAGCUAUAGUUGGAGCUGAAUGGUGGGACCAGCAGUUUGGAAAAUCUCUGCCAUUCUUGAAUUGGAUCCCAAUUCUAAGUGAGGUUCCUACAUAUGGAGCUGUACUGUAUCUGAUGAUUGCUUUUGCGGUUAUUCCAACAGUAACAUUCAAUGUGCACAAUGUUUAUAAAGUUGUCCAGGCAAGAAAAGGAAGCAUGCUUCUGGCUUUAGCAAUGCUUUACCCAUUUGUGGUGCUUAUGGCAGGGAUUUUGAUCUGGGAUUAUUUGUCACCAUUUAAUAUAAUGGUCAACUAUCCACAUAUGGUUGUGAUGGGAACUGGACUUGCUUUUGGAUUUCUUGUGGGGAGAAUGAUUCUGGCACACUUAUGUGACGAACCAAAGGGAUUGAAAACUAAUAUGUGCAUGUCACUGUUAUAUCUCCCCUUUGCUAUUGCAAAUACACUCACUGCCAGACUGAACGAUGGAAUUCCUUUGGUUGAAGAAAAUUGGGUUCUCCUUGGUUACUGUGUAUACACUGGUGCACUCUAUCUGCAUUUUGCAACAUCAGUUAUUCAUGAAAUUACAACUGCCCUGGGAAUCUACUGCUUCAGGAUAACAAGGAAAGAGGCUUGAGCCUGCAUUCAUUCAAUACUUUAUAAACCUCAGUCAGGUGCGGCUUGGAUUCUAUGUGCAUCAAGGAAGCCAACUGGAAAUGUAAAGUUGGUCGAUUGUGAGACUAGUGUGAAUUGUUACAGGAUGCGCUAUAGCAUUCAGCAACCUUAAGAGUUUGUUAUUCAUCAAAUUUAUUCGUCCUUAGUAUAUACAUUCUCAGUAUAUACAUGGGAUUUACAUUUAUAGUACGACACCUCUUGUCAGUAAUUGUUCAGGCAGUUUUGGGGUGCGGAGAUUAUAGUGGUGAAGAUAAAUAUAGUGGCAAAUGCAACUGGUAGCUUUUGUAAUCUCUUCCGGUGAAACCGGAAAUAGUUAUAAUCUUAUAUCAAAGUUAUAGGCAAUUUUUAUCA